CGUUAAUUUUGUCUUGAGCCUUCUUCUCCUGAGCUUUGACAAAGGCUCUCCGAGCUGAAACAAGGGCUCCUGAGUCGGCAGCUCCUUCUUAAGUUUCAAGGAGGACGAAAAGAAGUUUGGAGGGACUGCGGAGAAGUAGAAUCACUCGCAUAGAGGCAGAGGAAGAUUGAGGGCGCAGGAAGUGCAGCAUCUUGGACAGCGCCGGGGGGAAUUGUUUUCAUCUCUUUUUUCGACUUCUCUUUCCAUUGAAGAAAGAACAGACGUUUUCAUCACUGUUUUGUCACGGGUUUAGAGAGCCAAUGUCGCUCCCUUUACUUCGAGAUUCAUCAUAAGGUUCCGACUGGAAAAUAGACAACUAUAGCAUUUAGUUAUUGUAGACCUUUCGGUCUGAAAAUGGGCACCAGGCUAUUGUUCCUGUUGCUCGUGCAGGUUCUUUUAGUCGUUUUUUCCUCCGGUCAGGACACCAGUACCGAGGAGGCCAAAGAGGACAUCCCGGAGGGUGCGUCCACCUUGGCAUUCGUAUUUGAUGUGACUGGCUCCAUGUACGAUGACCUGGUGCAGGUUAUCGAGGGGGCAUCCACGAUUUUGGAAACGUCGUUGAGCAGACAACAGAGACCUUUAUAUAACUUUGCUCUGGUACCCUUUCACGACCCAGAAAUCGGACCCGUUACCAUCACAACAGACCCAAAGAAGUUCCAGUAUGAACUCAAAGAGCUGUACGUGCAGGGAGGUGGAGACUGUCCAGAGAUGAGUAUCGGUGCCAUCAAGAUCGCCCUGGAGAUCUCCCUCCCAGGGUCCUUCAUCUACGUCUUCACCGACGCGCGGUCGAAAGACUACAAGCUCACGAACGAAGUCCUGCAGCUCAUCCAACAGAAGCAGUCUCAGGUGGUUUUUGUGCUGACAGGAGACUGUGAUGACCGGACCCAUAUCGGCUACAAGGCCUAUGAGGAGAUAGCUUCCACCAGUUCUGGACAGGUGUUCCAUCUGGACAAGAAGCAGGUCAACGAGGUUCUGAAGUGGGUGGAGGAGGCUGUUCAGUCCUCCAAGAUCCACCUGCUGUCCACAGACCACUACAGCGGGAUCAGCAACACCUGGCAGAUCCCCUUCGACCCCAGCCUCAAAGAGGUCACGGUGGCCCUCAGCGGCCUCCAGCCUCUCAUCGAGAUACGCAACCCUCAGGGAAAGCUUCUCAGGAUAAACGAUGGCCUGCAUCAGCUCCUACACAUUCCUAACUCUGCCUGGGUCGUCAGCAUCAAGAACCCCGAGCCAGGAAUGUGGUCCAUAAAGACAGCCAGUGAAGGCAGGCAUUCAGUCAGAAUAACUGGACUCAGCACGAUAGACUUCAGGGCGGGGUUUUCCAGGAAACCCACUCUGGAUUUUAAGAUGACCUCCAGUCGACCAGUUCAAGGUAUCCCCACCCACAUCUUGCUGAACACGACCGGCUUGUCCCCUCCGGCGCGUGCCGAUAGGCUGGAGCUCCUGUCAAUCACGGGCGGCGUCCUGAAGACCCUCCCCAUCCGUUACUACGCCGACCGCAGGCCGUUUGGCAUCUGGAACAUCACCGAGUUUGUCCCGCCCAGCGAGGCCUUCUUCCUGCGGGUGACAGGAUAUGAUGUCGACGGCUUCCUGUUCCAGAGAGUUUCCAGCGUCUCCUUCUCCAGCAUCGUACCCGGUGCCCCAAGGGCCCUGAUGCCCGCCACCACCCCAGGCUACUACCUGCAGAGCGGGGGCAUCACCUGCCACGUGGACAGCCUGAUCCCCUUCACCCUGCGCUUCACCAGGGACGGGGCCCGGCUGGGCGUGGACCAGCUCUUCAAGGAGUCUGGCAGUGCAUCGUGGGAGAUUGGUCAGGUGACCCUGAAGGACGAGGGCUACUAUGAGUGCAUCGCCAUCAGCAGCGCUGGCACAGGUCGAGCCAGCACCUUCCUGGAUGUUUCAGAGCCCCCUCCGGUGGUCACCGCGUCCGCUAACGUGACCGUGUCCCCCGGCUCCACGGCCGUCCUGACCUGCGGCGUGGUCAGCACCGUGCGCUUCAACCUCACCUGGCUGCGGAGGGGCUUAGACGCCCGCCUGGACCCCAGAGUUUGCCCCCUCGCCAACCUCUCCCUGGAGGUGCGCGCCGUCGCCGUCGCCGACGCCGGCUGGUACGAAUGCGUCGCCGUCAACGAGGGAGGAGCCACAGUUGAGCGGGUGUAUCUGUCUGUGCAAGAGCCCCCGCAGGUGUCAGUGCAGCCCAGGAACCAGACCUUUGUGACGGGGCAGGAGGUCCAGAUUAGGUGCCUGGCCCGGGGCUACCCAGCACCCUACGUGGUUUGGACCCACAACACCAUGUUCAUCAUGGGCACCAGCAGACACAGGAUGAGUCCUGACGGGACUCUGGUCAUCAGGAACACGGAGCAGAGAGAUGCAGGACAGUACGGCUGCCUGGCCAGCAACGCAGCUGGGACACACACACAGACCUCGGUCCUGUCUUAUAUUGAAUCCCCUGUGGUGACAGUGGCGCUGAGCGAGCUCCUGAUUGGUCUAGGGGAGACCACCAUCAUGGCCUGCUCCACCUCCGGGAUCCCUCCCCCUGAGGUGUGGUGGUACAAAGGCGACCUCCGGCUGCACUCGUCCGCCUACCUGAGCAUCGACGCCCCGGGGGGAACCCUGACCCUCCAGGAGACGCAGGACAUGGACGCUGGAGACUACACCUGCGUGGCAGUCAACCCGGCCGGCACGUCUUCCGGAAAGAUCUCCCUGGACGUGGGAGCCGCGCCCCAGUUCACCCAGGAGCCGUCCGACGUGGCCGGGGACAUCUCCACCAACGUGAGCCUGCCGUGCCACGCCCGAGGCCACCCGCAGCCCCAGGUGACCUGGAGGAGGGAGGACGGCGUCCCCCUCUUGGUCCGGCGCCCCGGCCCCAGCAGCAUCACCCAGAGGAGGGGAGGGGAACUGCAGAUCACUAAUCUCUGGGUUGAGGAUGAAGGGGUAUACGUGUGCGAGGCGCGGAACCAGUUUGGGAAGAUCCAGACCCAGGCCCGAGUCACCGUUACCGGACUGGUGCCCCCCCUCCUGGCGGUCAGUCCGAGCGUGCUCAGUGUGAUCGAGGGGCAGCAGCUGACGCUGCCCUGCGUUCUGCUGGCUGGAAACCCCCUGCCUGACAGACAGUGGCUCCACAACUACGGCCUGGUGUCGACGGGGCCCUACCUGGUGGUGCGGAGGGACGGCAGCCUCCACAUAGAGAGAGCCCGGGUGGAGGAUGGGGGGGACUACACCUGCCUGGCGGAAAACCUGGUGGGGGCCAGCAACCACACCACCACCCUCAACAUCUACGUGAUGCCCACCAUCCAGCAUGGGACCCAGGUGUUUAGCACCAUUGAGGGCACGCCCAUCUCUCUGCCCUGCCCUGCUCACGGAGUACCCCCACCUGACAUCACCUGGGCCAAGAGCGGGGAGCUGUUGAACCUGGGUGGUCCCACCUUCUCCCUCCUGCCGGACGGGGCCCUGCAUGUGGCGUCUCCCUCGGGGAACCACAGCGGCGAGUUUGUCUGCACCGCCACCAACGCUGCCGGAUACAGCUCCAGGAAGGUGCAGCUCACCGUCUACGUGCGUCCCAGGACCAGUUUUGGGGGGGCGGGCUGGGUGUUGGAUGUGACGGUGGUGGAGAGGGAGGAGGUCAUUCUGCCCUGUGAGGUUCAGAGUGUCCCCCCUCCUGUCAUCACCUGGGCCAAGGACAGACAGCUCAUCUCGCCCUACUCUCUCAGACACACCCUGCUGCCCUCAGGCUCGAUGAAGAUCGCAGAGAGCAGAGUUUCUGACAGUGGACUUUAUGUGUGUUUCGCUUUCAACAUUGCCGGCAACUUCACCCAGACUGUCAAUCUCAGUGUUCACGUGCCCCCCAGCAUCCAGCCAGGCCCCAGGGUGAUGAAGGUGCAGGUGGGCCACCCUGUGGAGCUGCCCUGUGCGGCCCGGGGCGUCCCUGAGCCCAGCCUCGCCUGGCUGAAGGAGGGCGCCGCCCUGCAGGCCGAGGGGGGGCGUUACAGCGUCUCGUCAGACGGCAGUCUGGGCCUGGGCCAGGUGAGGGUGGAGGACGAGGGCGUCUACACCUGCCUGGCGUCCAACCUGGCUGGCCAGGACCAGGCAAACACACAGCUGCUGGUCCAGGUUCCCCCGGUGGUGGAUGUCCUGGAGCCUCCGUUCAACAGCCCCCUGCAAGAGAGAGUGGCCAACCAGCGCAUCGCCUUCCCUUGUCCUGCCAAAGGCACGCCCACGCCAGUGAUCAGGUGGUUGCGUCACGGCCAGGAGCUGACAGGAAGUGAGCCUGGCGUCUCCAUCCUGGAGGAUGGCACCCUCCUCAUCCUGGCGUCCGUGUCGCCCCUGGACAGCGGCGAGUACGUCUGCAUGGCCGUCAACGACGCCGGCUCCACCGAGAGGAAGUACCAGCUCAAAGUGAACGUGCCCCCGGAUAUCCGUGACAAAGCGUCGCCGGGCAACGUGUCCGUGGUGUUGAACCAGCCCACCACCCUGCUAUGUGAUGUCACAGGAAGUCCCACCCCGGUCAUUACCUGGUACAAGGACGGACUUCCUGUGGUCCCCAGCAGCAGCGUCCAGGUCCUGCAGAGGGGGAGGACCCUGAGGCUCCUGCAGGCAGCCUCUAGCGACGCAGGAAGCUACAGCUGCCAUGCCGUCAACAUCGCAGGAAGCAGCGAGAAGGCCUUCCACCUGGACGUCCUGGUCCCUCCCACCAUCACGGGGACUGAUUCCUCCAGCGACCUCUCAGCCGUCAUCAACCAGGAGGUCACCCUGCAGUGCCAGGCCAUAGGAGUGCCCUUUCCCACAAUCCACUGGUACAAGGACAGGAAGCUGCUGUUCCUGGGCGACCCCAACGUGGAGCUCUCCGACGGGGGCCAGGUGUUGAAGAUCAAGAGCGCCCGUCUGGGUGACCAGGCCCGUUACCAGUGCAGCGUCGCCAACGCCGCGGGCAAACAGUCCAAGGACUUCAACCUCAGUGUUUAUGUCCCCCCCACCAUCAAAGGCGGGAACCUCACCUCUGAGGUCACCGCCCUCCUGGGUGCCACGGUAACGCUGGAGUGCGAGGCGCGUGGUGUCCCGCUCCCGGCCGUCACCUGGUACCGGAACGGUGCGGCCGUCCUCUCCAGCCGCCAGGCGCAGUACGUGGACCGAGGUCACUUCCUGAAGAUCCCUCUGGCCCAGGCGUCCGACGCGGGCCGCUACACCUGCAGGGUGACCAGCGUGGCCGGCAGCGCCGAGAGGAACUACCGGCUGGACGUUUAUGCCCCCCCACCAUCGCGGGGGGGCCAGGACACCCCCACCGAGCGAAAGGUCGUCCUUAGCCAGCUCCUGACCCUGGAGUGUGAGGCCGGGGGCCACCCCCUGCCCUCGCUGACCUGGCUGAAGGACGGCGUGCCGGUCAGGGAGGCGCCCGGUGUAAGCUUGCUCCAGCAGGGCCGCAGGGUGGAGAUCACCUCCGCCACCGUGUCCGACGCCGGCCGCUACGUCUGCCUGGCAACCAGCGUCGCCGGGGAGAAGGAGAUCAAGUAUGAUGUCAGCGUGCUAGUGCCCCCGUUCAUCGAGGGCGGGGAGGAGGUGACGACAGAGACCACGGUGGUCAUCGACAGCUCUCUGGAGCUGGAGUGUCACGCCACAGGAAGCCCUGCCCCCGUCAUCACGUGGUUCAAGGACGGCCAGCCGGUCAGGCAGGGUGAGGGGGUUCGUAUCGGGGCCGGUGGUCAUCGUCUGGUGGUGUCACGCGCCACGGUGUCGGACACGGCCCGCUUCCAGUGCGUGGCCACCAACGAGGCCGGGGACCACGAGAGGGACUUCAACGUGGUGGUUCACGUCCCUCCGUCCAUCCGCUCGUCCGGUCCUGCGGAGCGCUCGGUGGUCCUCCACAAGCCCAUCAGCCUCCAGUGCGUGGCGACUGGCGUCCCCUCCCCCAGCAUCACCUGGCUGAGGAACGGGCGCCCGGUGGACGCGACUCAGGACCACCUGAAGCUGGAGUUGGAAGGUAGAACCCUCUUCGUCACGGAGGCCAGAGCAGAGCAUGCUGGGAGAUACACGUGCGUGGCGACCAACGCCGCCGGCGAGGCUCAACACCACACCCGCCUCAGUGUCCAUGAGCCUCCCAGCAUUCCAUAUUCCGGAGAGAUCUUCAAAGAGACCAUCCUGGCCAGCUUUCCCACCAAGCUGAAUUGCAAGGCCACAGGAGCUCCUCUCCCAGCCAUCACCUGGUACAAAGACGGUCGACCGCUGACCAGCGCGGCCGGCGUGACCAUCCUGAAACGCGGCCAUGUUCUGGAGAUCGACCGCGCCCAGCUCUCGGACGCCGGCCUGUACCGCUGCGUGGCGGUCAACUUGGCCGGGAGGGCGGAGCUCUCCCACAGGCUCCAGGUGUACGUGCCCCCAGUCAUUUCCAGCCGGGGGGGCAUGGUGACGGUGGUGGUGAACGAGGAGGCCAGGCUGCAGUGUGAGGCGUCGGGCGUGCCCCCGCCCAGCCUCACCUGGCUCAAGGACGGCAGCCCCGUGGCCAGCGUCUCCGAUGGCAUACAGGUGUUGUCUGGUGGCAGAGUGCUGUUGUUCAGCAGUGCUCAGGUCAGUGAUACGGGCAGGUUCACCUGCGUAGCGGUCAAUGCUGGGGGAGAGACACUCUGGGAUUAUGACCUGCAUGUGUAUGUGCCUCCCAACAUCAUGGGUGAGGAGGCGAACGCCACGGUGAUGCUGGGUCGCCCGGUGGAGCUGCGUUGCCAGGGCGACGCCAUCCCUCCUCCCACUCUGUCUUGGCGUAAAGAUGGCCGCCCGCUCUUCCGGAAGCCCGGCCUGACCGUGUCCGAGGACGGCAGCGUCCUGACGGUUGACAGUGCCCAGGUGCAGGACUCGGGCAGGUACACUUGUGAGGCCACCAACGUUGCCGGGAAGACCGAGAAGAACUACAACCUUAACGUCUGGGGUGAGAGUGUGUGUGUGUGUGUGCGUGCGUACACACGUGAUUGUGUGUGUCACUCUUAUGCUUACUUGAGUGCCUGCCUAUGUUGGCAGACAUCUCACCAAACGACUACAGAAACGUUCAAUAACAGAACUUCCAGAUGACUUAGUUUGGAGUG